AUGCCGGGGAUGUCAGCGAGAGCUCAUCCUUCCAGGACGACUUGGGGGCCGAUUCCCUGGACUUGGUGGAACUCAUCAUGGCGUUCGAAGAGGAAUUCAGUUCCACCGAACACGCCAUAG